AUGCCCCUCCUCCGCUCCUCGACCCGCCCAGCCCCUGUACAAUGCUUCUUUUGCCUCUCCACAACCAUCCUGCCCCCACAUACCGACCCAGCUCCUGGCACCGGCAGUGGGAAGGGCAUAGCGCCGGCUGGGACAAAGUGGAAUUGGCAGUGCGAACGGUGCAAUUGCUGGAAUAUCCGUGAUGCUUCUGGUGAAAUGGUUUCAGAUAUUCCGGCGAUGCACAACUCGAAUUACAACACGGGGUCCUUCUCACUAAGAGGCAGGUGCCCCCAACCAUCCUCCAAUCAUCUUCCGACGUUACCAUCCACGGCCUCAUCAACACCAUUCUGUCGCAACUGCCUGGCGAACCAAACUUUGAUCAUGAAUCUCUUGGCCAACUAUCUCCCAGAUGAUGAUGAUCCAACCUACCCCCAAUUAUCGUCAAACCUCCCAGCAUACGUGCAAUCUCUCCACUCGCGCUAUCCACCGGUCUGCCCUAAUUGUCAACCGGGCGUAGACGACAUCUUGCAGAAGGCGGACCAGAAGGCACAGAUGGAAGCUUGGGGGUCAGCUUUAAACAGAGGCAAAAGAAAAGCCAUUGAAGAAGUCAAUCCAGGCGGAGGUGUCGGACAUGGUACUUGGGAUGUUGGGAAAGGUGAUGUGUUCAUCUGGGCGCUGAGAGGAGUUCUUUGGACUUGGGGGAUAGGACAAAGCUUGUUCACGUCGUCACACGAGUUCUCUCGCGAAUGCCUUGAGCGAUCCGUACCCUUCGCCCCUCGGCUGUCAUUCGCCACUUUCAUGAUGUCUUUUCAUCUCUUGUCGAUAUUCUGGAUGGCAUGGGAUCCCUCGUGGUUUCGCCGUAUGCGUAGGAGGGACAGGACAAAGGUCAUCGGGCGAGAUACCUGGGUGAGAGACAUGUUGGUGAUCAUGUUGUUGCGAAUAGCAACAUGUGUGGCUCUUCGUUUGUCCACUGCGUUUGCGCCUGUAGCAUUUGCUCGAGUCACUUUUGUGUCGGAGAUUGCUCUAUUCAUCCAUGCGUUGCUCAGUAUUCGCAUAACUGAACCAAUACCUAUCAAAUUGGUCAGACCUGUCUCACUGAACCCGUCAACACAUGCGCAAGUAGCCACCGUUGCGCCAAAUGCGACGGGUCUCUCGACUUUAUCUCUCUCCUCCAAUCCCCCCGCUUCCCACAAUCCUAUAUUUGGCCAGACCUCACUCCUCUCUACCCUCCCUUCGCCGACCAGAGAUGCCGGCUCCGAACCUAUGGAUUGGGAGCCUUCACCGAGUGUUUCCCGUGGUAGUUACAUUCGACCCUCUGGGUGGGACGGGGUAGAAGACGAGGACGAGGGGGGCACAACGCCUCCCAGGAAGAGCGACUGGGACAGUUUUGCGACCAAUCGACAGCGCAUGUUUCCCAGUAACGAUGAGACUGGCUUGGAACACCUCCUUUCUGGUUGGGGUAUUGGCGGACAGGGUGCCUCUGAUGAGGGCUCUGCGCCAAAAGUGCAGAAUGUGAGGCAGGAAGAUGUGAUCAAGAAGCAGGGAUGGACUCUGCCCAAACUUGUUCAGGUCCUCACCUUCUUCUUCUUCACCCUCCGCCUCGGCUUUAUGCUGUUUAUGCCCCUCCUCUUGACUCCCCCUUCGGAGCAGAUUGUCUCGCAUCUUGGACGGUUCAGCAUCCUCCUUCUUUCGCUCGAGCUCGCGCUCACGGGGAUGAGGAUGCACUUUCUCCUUGCUCCAGGCGCUCGCCAAGCAUCGCUCCUCAGUGUCGGACUGGCAAUAUUUGAUGCCGUCUUACGAGUCAUGGCGCUGAGUGGACAUGGGUUCCUAGAUGACAUGCUAGCUAGAACGAACCCUGUGCAGACUUUAGGAGGCGAGGUGGGUGUGAGGGGUAGGAGUCUGGAGUGGGCAUUCUGGGGGUUUCUGGAUCUGGUUGGAUUGUCGGUAUGA